AUGCACCUCAGCAGAUGCAAUGCAAGGUCCCCCGCCCUCCAACACAAUACGACGCGACACAUAGCACAGUACUUCAGCUCCCUCGAACGGCUUCACUUCGCCAGCCUUGCCCCCGCUGCCCCUCCAACGCCAAACUAUCUCGACCCCUACUUUGACCGUCCGGAAACCAGCCCAAACCCCCAAACCUUGAAGCAACGACGCAGAGCACGACAGGCCAGACUUGCUUCAGAUCAAGUCACCGACCGCGUCAAGAGACGCAAUUCCCGUCGUUCCAAGGUCACCUCUACCAGCUCCUCUGUUUACGUUCGUCUCCCCGACAAGAUCAAGAGAAGACACAUCACCACCGAAGAGCAGAUUGUUUCGUCUCUCAACCGGAGACACGACAUCAUCCUCGACCCGGCCGAUGAGGCCGUCUACAAGGUCAGGAGAAGAGCUUCCAGCGUUGUGAUUCCGGACGAACUGUGGAGCCCAACUUUAUCCGUGAGACCUCAGACCAUGGAGACCAAGUCCGAGCAGAAGGAGAAGCCCAAAUCCAAGCCCAAGAAGUCUAUGGAAUCCCAGAAGCAGCAGCAGCAGCAGCAACAACAGCAGAAGCAGCAACAAAAGAAAAAGACACCCCAGAGCCCACCGCCCGUCUCUCCUCAGAAGAAGCGAGAUUCCUUUUACGACAGCUUCCGUUGGUUGGAAGAAGACGACGAGCUGGACCUGCGCCUACAACUAGACGACUACCACGCCAACCUCAGGGACGACAUGCCGGCAGCCUCGAAACAGCGCAGGCCGUCGUUCCGCAGACACCUGUCCAUAUCCAAGAUACCCUUUGGUCGCAAUUCGCUAUCCCUCAACCGCCCUGGCACAACACAAGCCGUCACCAGCAACCCGUCAUCCCCGCUUUUUGCAAACGCCCCGGGCAGCCCCCAAGCCACAUCGCCCGGACAUGGCCGGCGGAGAUCUCGCGCCUUGUCUCUGAUCUCACCCAAAUACAGCCCGCAUGACGCCCUCGGUGUCUUCGAUCCCGAAGCCGCCCACUACCAAGACCCGGAGGCUCGCCUGAAGCUGCGUGUGUAUCUCGCAUCGCCUCAAAAAUUCGACGAGGCUAUCGAAUUCGGCUUCCCUUCUAGGGAAGCCAUGUCUCCACAGGCGGCAAGGGACUUCAAGGAUCCCAGAAACAGACAAUCAAAGGCGGCGCUGGCAGACGAGUCGGACACACUCCGCACGUUUCUGGCAGAUGACAGGUCGUCGAUCUACAGUGAAGAUGAGUCGCUCGACUCGGACUCCCCCAAGACGCCUCAGACAGUGGAAAACGCUACGGCACUUCGGCCGCCGCCACCGAUCAAGACAGAUCGGGCGUGCUCGCCCAAGCCGUCCAACGAGUACGCCCGGGGGCCGGCCGAGACGAGGGAAAUGACGCUGCGCAUGACCCUGACGAGACCGGAUCUGCGGGCGCACGAAGAUCAGAUAUACGGUUGGCAGCAGAAGUGCUGCCCACCGGGCAGGAAAUCGCAAUCAAACGCGCUGCGGGACGAGUUCACGGCGCCGACGUUCGCCCGCGAAGGGUCGUCGAAAGAGAGCAUUGAGCGUCAGUUCGCGGCCAUGGACCAGUGGAACGCUCAGACCAACGACCGAGGCGUGAUGAAGCGCUUUUGGAACAAGGUCCGGCGUGGGCCUGCAUAA